CAGUAGGCGCACCACAUGAUCAAUACAAGUAUAAAAUUAACUAUCACGUACCAGUGUGUAAUCAAAAGUAACGUGGCCCGAAGCGCACCAAAUCUCCAGUGACAAAUCGUUGGCGCCCGCGACUCUGCACUAUGUUAUCGUCGCGCCCCAAUUCAUCUUUGACAAGCCGCGUAAGAGUCGCGUUGUAAUUUGUGACAUAUCGUGUUUGUAAACAGUGACAAUAUGCCAGUGAUUUUGCUCGACCGGUUGCCUGUGCCCAAUCUGCGGAUGUAUUCCGCGGGCAGCGUCUUGGCCCUUUCGGCGUGCAUCUACUACGCCACACAGGUGAUCAAAGAUCCCGACUGGGGGGUCGUCUCAGAAGACCUCAAAGACUCGAACAAGAGCAACGCCUCUGUACCCCAUGGCAGGACCAUGGGACAGUUUGUCUCCGACGUGUUCAGUGUUAUGAUCAGGGAGCCCGUCUGUGUGUGGACCAUGAUCAACAUGGCUUUCUGUUGGCUGAUUCUCAUCGGUACCGCUGUCCAGAAGUUGGUGUUUGGCGAAUUACGCGUCUCCGAACAGCAACAUCUCAAAGAUAAAUUUUGGAAUUUUGUAUUUUAUAAAUUCAUUUUUGUAUUCGGAAUCAUCAACGUUCAAUACAUCGAUGAGGUGUUGCUGUGGUGCUCAUGGUUUUCCCUUUUGGGAUUUCUGCAUCUACUUUCCCAGCUCAGCAAAGACAGAUUUGAAUAUCUGUCUUUUUCGCCGACCACGCCGUUGUGGAGUCAUGUGAAGCUUUUGGCCUUAUUGGGUGGCAUUUUCGCACUGUCGGGCUUCAUGCUGCUAGUGUCGGUUUUUGUGGGAUUCUUUGGCGGAUUUAAUACGUUUGCUUUCAUGUCUGCUGAGGUUGUUUUAUUGAGUAUUCGUACUCUGCAUGUGAUAAUUCGCUACGCUUUGCAUCUGUACGACAUGCGACAAGAAGGCGCGUCUUCAGUCAAUGCGAACGAUGAGAAUCGAGUCUGGGAAAAACGAGGUCCCAUUGCUUAUUACACGGAAUUGAGUUUUGAACUGACAGCUUUAAUAAUCGAUUUCGUUCAUCAUCUUCAUAUGCUAGUUUGGAGUAAUAUUUUUCUGUCGAUGGCUAGUCUAGUAAUUUGUAUGCAGUUGAGAUAUUUAUUCCAUGAAAUUCAACGACGCUACAAAAAACACAGAAAUUAUCUGUGGGUCAGGAAUCAUCUCGAACAGAAUUACCCAAUGGCGUCGUCCGAAGAAUUAGCCGCUAAUUCCGAUAACUGCGCCAUCUGUUGGGAAAAAAUGGAAUCGGCGAGGAAGUUACCGUGUACUCAUUUGUUUCACAACACUUGUUUAUUGUCGUGGUUGGAACAAGACACUUCCUGUCCAACUUGUCGUCUAGCACUCAACAUUCAAACUCCUUCAACGUCGAGAAUCGAUCCUCCUGAUUUGCAAGUGGACGCUCCUCAGCCUCAACGUCGCCAACUCAAUCAUUUCUUCCAUUUCGACGGUUCGAGAUACGUUUCUUGGUUACCGAGUUUUUCCGUCGAAGUGAGUCAUGCUCAACUUAUGCGGCAAGAUAAUGCACCGGCAUCUAAUUCGCAAUUAGACGCGAUGGCUCGUCAAGUGCAGCAAUUGUUUCCACAUAUUCCGAUAUCGACGAUUAUUAGCGAUCUCAGAGUAACAAGAUCUGUGGAAAUCACGAUUGAAAAUGUCUUGGAUGGAAGGUUGGUAGCACCGACUAUGUAUAGGGAGCCGGAGGUUGUCCCGACUGCGAAUAGGGCGAUGUCGGUGUGGCAAGCUAGCUGUGAUACCGCUUCGCAACAGAGGAAUUGGGACGAGUUUAAUGUGGACACGGUUGAAACUGAAGAUACAAGCAGUUUGGGGAGUAGAUUUUCGAAAUCUUCGUCGGAACGCGAGAAAAUUCUUCACAGACGCAAAGAAAAUUUGAUUCAAAGCGCUAGAAAACGCUACAUCGAGAAACAAAAGGCCGCCGCCGCUGCAAAAGUGGAGCUUCAAAGUUGAAGUAUUUACGAAAAUAAUUUUUAGGGGAGAAAUCUGUCUUGACAAAGUUGUCCCAGAUGUAACAAAUUGUUAAAGUGUACAUUGAAGAUAUCUGCAGUUAAAAUACUGCUAUAUUUAGAUAUUAACAAUAAAUGUCUAGAUAACAUUAUUUAAAAAUUUGAAUUAACUUGCAGGAUUGUAUUUGUUUUAUUUUCGAACGCUAGGCUCAAGGGAUUGUGAAUCUAAACUGAAAAAACGGAAACGUGUUUUAAAUAUAUAUUUAUUGAAGACAAAUCAUUUUGUAAUGGCAGUUUAGAUAUUUUUAAGGAUACCUAAGUUGUUAUGGAGUUUGUAAAUUUGUAUCAAAUUCAUGUUAUAAGUUAUUAAGUAGGUUUAAGAUAUUUAUUAGUCUGAAAUUGAAUUGACGUCGAUUAGUCAUUUUCCGAGUGAUAAAAUUUGUUUUAUCUGAGA